AUGACCGUAGGUAGGAGAUUUUUCAAUCGAGAAUCCUUGACCGAAUCUGGAAGUUGUGAGUCAACGGAUCCGAGUUCAAAGGAUUCUUCAACAACAGCUCUUAGUAAACAAACCACACGCUCUGCCAGAAUAUCGGAUGACGGCCAGGAAGUGGAAGAGGAAGAUAUCGUCACUGAAGCCGUACCAUGCGUUUCACAACCGGACGAAUUGCGAGAAAAGUUGCUCAGCGAUGCCGAUGCCCAGUAUCGUGUUGAUUUGGCCUAUCGCGACCGGUUACUCCAGGAUAGUUCGGACGAAGAUGUCAGAAGCGAUGUGGGCUCGAACGCGCCGCUAUCACAAAGUGACUCUGCCUUUGGCCCGCACGUUAAACAGGAAAACUCCGCUGACGGUUCCGAAUCUGUACAAGCGGACGAUGGAUCACAAUCGAACGGGAUAGUAGAAAGGAAAAAACAAGCCAAAUAUCACGGAGUUAGUCAAAGCCUAAUGCGGCGUGUUUGGUCCAGCUCGGAGGACGAAAGCCAAGGGUUUCAACCCAAACCCGAAAAUGUCGAGGUUAAGGAGUUGAAAAAGGAUGAGAAUACGACCCAAGAUACUAAGUCUGAUGAAGAAGUCGCUAACACGAGAAAAAAGCGAAGUCGGUCAAUCGAGGACUCUGAUUCCGUUUUGUCUUCAGAUGAAUCUGCUCGGGACGAUGUGAUUCCUCAAAAGAAGCAACGAAGGGCACCGUUGGAUGCAAAUGAAAAUUGUAGUACAAAUAAUAAACCACGAUCGCAGUCCGAGAAAUCUCAUGCAAGUGCACAGAGUGACGAGACUGAUGAAGACGAUACUGAUUCGGAUUCAAUCUCCACCAAGAGGCAAAAACGAAGACGUAAGACUAAAGGACCGCAGAAAGAGCGUGGUCACCGGCGGCGCGUUCGUCUCGAGGCUGGUUCAGACGAUGAUAAUUCAGACGAAAAUACAGGAGCUGUCUCCGAAUCCAGUCGGGAUCCAAACGAUCCGCAAGAGACUGGAUCCGAAUCUGGUUCUGAUGGUGGUAAAUCAGGAAGUCCAAAAGGUCGAAAACGGAUAAGGAAAAUAGUCGGGAAAGCCAAACUGUCCGCGACCACAAAGUCUGCCGAGGCAGAGGAGCGCGAGCGUAAAAAGCGACUGGCUGAACGUCAAAAGUUGUACAACGAUUGUUUGAUCCAAGAAGGUUUCGGAACUCAAUUGGUUACCAAGAAAUUAGUGCUCGAAAAAUCUGAGGAUGGUACCAAGGAUUUGGUUCAAGUCCAUCCGGAUCUAUUGAAACAUUUGAAACCGCAUCAAGUUGAGGCGGUUCAAUUUUUGUGGGAUUGUGUGAUCGAAUCGGUUGACAAUCAGGACGAGAAAAACGAACAAACCCGUGGUGCUAUCCUGGCCCACUGUAUGGGAUUGGGCAAAACCCUGUCCGUGAUCGCGUUCUUGCACACGCUCAUGUCCCAUCCGGACAUUAUACGAAUUCGAACCUGUCUUGUCAUCUGUCCCGUGAACACAUUGCUCAAUUGGAAAAACGAAUGGGAAAUUUGGUUACCGCCGAAUGAUCCGCUAGAUGUCUAUGAGUUGUCUGCCCGACCGGAGAAUCGACAACGUGUGGAUGUGAUAAAACAUUGGCACAAUCAGGGUGGUGUUCUGCUACUCGGUUACGAUAUGUUCCGCAAUUUCAUCAUUCGAUUUGCCAAACAAGUUCGGAGCAAAGCUAUGAAAGAAGCGAUCUCCAAAGCGCUACUGGACCCCGGCCCGGAUAUUAUCGUUUGCGAUGAGGGUCACGUUCUGAAAAACUGUAGAUCUGCCUUGGCCAAAGCUAUGUCCCAGGUGCGCACUCUCAAACAUCACGCUAUGGUCAAUUUCGUCAAACCAAAUCUGCUAGGAACGGCCAAAGAAUUUAACAAUCGUUUCGCCAAUCCUAUCCGAAACGGACAACACUCGAACUCCACACAAGCGGACGUGCAACUUAUGAAGAAACGUGCCCACGUGUUGUAUAAGACACUGGAUGGUUGUGUCCAGCGAAAGGACUAUGUGGCACUGACGGAGUAUCUUCCACCCCGUUAUGAGUAUGUGAUCAAAUGCCGACUGAGCACGGUGCAGCAAGAACUCUAUCGCCAUUUUUUACAGUAUCGUGAAGAGCGUGGAUUGAACGAUGCAGAUGAUGAGUUUGCUCCGAUACGCCGUAAGACACUGUUCACAGAUCAACAAGUUCUCUACCGAAUAUGGACACAUCCGUUUUUACUAUGCAGUCAUGAAACUCGUGAAGCGCGAAAGAUGCUUCUUGAAGAUGAUGAUGAAGAUGAUUUCAUCAAUGAUGACCCCACAUCAGAAAGCUCUUCAGAUAACCCAGGUGCCAACGAGUCUUCAAACUCUGCAGAGGAAGAUGCAGAUGAAGUCAUCCCCAGUACAUCGUCCGGCUUGACUCGUGCCCAAAGAUGCGCCCGUCGCGGUCCUCGAACGCGAUCCAGUGUCACAAAUGAUUUAAUUUGUAUGGAUGGGGACAGCGCCCGUGAAGAAAAUAAUUCCCAACUUAGUGGUGACGACGACGAUCGUGCUUUACCUGCCCGUGACUCGUGGUGGGCCGCUCACUAUCGCGAAGAAUACGAUUGGGAUGUGUCUGUCGGUGUCAAACUGGAUGUUUUGUUACGAAUACUGAAGAAAACGUGUGUUAUUGGUGACAAGCUCAUUAUUUUCACUCAGUCCUUACUAUCUUUGGAUUUGUUAGAACGAUUUCUGAGCGAGCUGCAUCGUCAAUAUUUGGCUUCCCAGGCGAGUUCUUUUUUCAGUUUUUUAGAUAAUACCAACUCACUAGCAUCAGGGCUAGCUCCGGAAAAGUCGAACAAAACAACAGAUGAUCGUGGACUGCUGGAACGACCCGAUCUGUCGGAGUAUUUUUCCGAUAUUGGCCCAAAUUCCUGGGUUCGAGGUGAGGAUUACGAGCGCAUGGAUGGAAGCACUCAUGCUGUCGUCCGAAAGGAGCUUCAGCGUCGAUUCAAUCGGGUAUCAAACACACGACUGCGUCUGUUCCUCAUUUCCACUCGUGCUGGUGGGCUGGGCAUUAAUUUAAUCGCAGCAAAUCGAAUAAUUCUAUUUGAUGCUUGUUGGAAUCCGAGCCACGAUAUACAGUCCAUCUUUCGAUGUUAUCGGUUCGGACAGACAAAACCGGUCUACAUAUAUCGACUUAUAGCCCAAGGUACCAUGGAGGAGAAAAUCUAUGACCGACAAGUCACCAAACAAUCUCUCUCGUUGCGAGUAAUUGAUGAACAGCAAAUUGAUCGCCAUUUCACAACCAACGAUUUGAAAGCACUAUAUACCUUCGAACCAGAUCUAUGGGAUCUGGCAACAGCAGAUCAACGUCCCACGCCCAAACUACCGAAAGAUCGUUUACUGGCAGACUUACUGUCCGAGAAUCCGAGUCUGAUUGUCAACUAUCACGAACAUGACUCGUUGUUGGAACAUAGAGAAGAUGAAGGCCUGACGGAGGAGCAACGCCAGGAAGCUUGGCGUGAGUACGAGGAGGAGAAACAGUAUGGUAUGUCGUUGGCUCAGCAUCAACGUCUGAUGCAACAGCAAGAGCUACAUGCUCGUAUGAUGCGUAUGCAGUUUCAACAGCAACAGUUAAUGCUUCAACAGCAGCAGCAGCAGUUGCAACAACAACCUCGUUUCCCAUUGAAUCCGUACCUUUAUCGGCCGACGGCACCAACAUACGGUACAUUUCAUCCAGCCAUCCGUAACGCUGGACCGAUGACGCCGGAACAAGGCAAUGGAAUGGUGAUGGGACCGCCUACUACACAACUAAACGGUAACAUGUAUGCCGAGCUGUACGAAUAUUUCCGCACCCAGUUACUCAGCGCUCGUCCAAGUCUGUCUGGCGACCCGGAGCAAUUGAAACGUCUUAUCAUGGGCAACAUGAUGGACCAUCUGGUUCGCACCAAAGCGCUUGAGCCUACCAAUUUACAAUCGACAAGUAAUGUCACUCCGACGACGCUCAAUCAACCGGGUGGUCCCUCGCAGUGA